GACAGAUCUGCACGACCAACUGUGAUGAUUGCGUCUGGUGUGUGACAUUUUACUUUUAGUUGUGAUAUUUAUAACUCAACUUAUCGAGCUCUGUCCGUCUCUUGUGUCCAGAUGUCAGGUUGUUUGUGAUCGAUCAUGCGCAACUUUGGGGAGUUUGAAAUGUUCGAAGCCCCUCUUACUCUGCAAUCAAGAAACUAUCCAUUUAAAAGGUACAUAAAGCUGACCCUACAGUGUCCCCACAAGGGUACGGGGACGUUAGCAACCUGCGAACACUUUCCCAUCGUACCCAGAUCUACUCCUCGAGACUACCCUCCCCCCAGAGUGAAUCAACCUCCUCCUGAUAAUACUGCUCGGGUACAAGUUAUAGAGACCAAAGCACGACAAGCUGUAUCCAAACAGGAGCUUUCAACCAGAAUAUCUAGGGAGCCUCUCAAAUUAGAUCCUAAAGAUUCAAAAGACUCAAAACACAAGGAAAUAAUCCUAGAAGAAGCAGGGAAUGUUGUCGAUUCCGGUGAGGAGAAUAAAGACAAUAAACGAAAAAAGAAGAAAUCCACAAUUCACACAGUACCAUUACCACCAGAUCCUGUUGAAAGCAGCAAGGAGAUAGUCGAAGAGCCAGAAAAGAAACCAGACCACAAGACAUUACCAAACACUACAAGUUUAACACGAUCACCAGAGUCUCUAGCUAAACACCAACUCAGAGAGAAGUUACAGCUCCACAGGAGGUCUCAUGAUCAGGAGCGGAUCAGGAGCCACAAGAAAACUGGCUCCGACAAGGAUAAGAAGGUUAUUAAGAAACGUCUGAAAGAUUCCGAUAAUUACGUUCUUGAACAGGGAAAGAUUAUCAAGAGAAAAGCGAGUUUUAGCUCUUCCUUCAGUGCUCUUCCAACUGGAUCUCUGUUCGAAAUGCCGGUAUUUGCUCACGAUGAUGAUGUCUUUGAAAAGAUUGUGGCUGAAGGAAGAAGAGCUGAGUUCUUUGGAUCUUCAGAAGAAAUGUGGCCCGGUGACAUAAGAGAUGGGGAGUUUGACAACGAUUUGCUAAACAGAAAAAAGAAAGACAGUGUGGAGAGAGACCUGUGUCUUCAGCUGAGUCAGAGGAGUAGUGUCUGGGAAAAGGACGACGACAAAACCAGCAAGAUAUUCGUCUCGGGUAACAGCAACCUCAAACAUACGUCCUCAGAAGAAUCUUCUCGAAUAAAAACCUCAAACCUGAGCUUGGGUUCGAAGGAGUUCUUGUCAUUGAAGAAAAACAGACGGAUCAGUAAAACAAGCAAGACAAUUAGAUCUUACAGCCUCUCUAAAGCCAAGGACUAUCACAAGAAACGAGCGAAGAGAACGAAGUUUGCCACAACUAGUGAGAGUGAGGAAGUGGGUUGCUACAGUGAGAUAGAUUGUUUGGGUAACGAUAUAACCACCUCGCUUAUCAAUGCAGCAGAUGUAACGGAUGCCAAGAAGAAGAGAAAAGGUAAAAAGACUCCCAUGGAGUUUGAGAAACGCCUGAUAGCCGGAACCAAGCGAUACUAUAUGACUAAAUUAGAAAAGAUGAAGUCUAAGGUCAACUUAGAAAGCAACCAGAUAUCAUCCGAAACCGAGCUCCGAAGAUCAGUACAAGGAUCGGGCCGAGAGCUGACUGAAGCAUCUAACCCUCUAUCGUUGGUGAGCAUCCCGUCCCAGACCUGUCGCAGUCCUCUUGUGGACGGAAGAGACCAAGAUGGGUCCGGUCACCUUCAUCAAGGUCACAGCCCGGGGUCCCAUGGCUCUAAGAAACCUACUCCUGUGUCUCUGUGUCAUGGAGGAAGUGAAGAUUCUGUUCUUUCGCCCAUUAAUCAGUGCAGGACGAGAAGUUCAAGUUCCACCCCAGUCUACUCACACUGUGGCAGGUCCAGCUCCAGACCAACCUCCUGUGUUAUCUCCAUAUCCAGACUUAAAAACGUCAGAGUUGGCCCUUCCAUUAAAGAACGGUUUUGCAACUCGUUAGUUUUCAUAGAGAAGCCCAGUAAACCAGAAAGAUCACGGUUCUUAAACGUCAACGACGAAUACACCACGUCCUCUUUCAACGACGGUUUUGCUGCUCAACUUAAAGCUUCGAAAAUCAAAUUACACCGAGAAUUAGCGCUAGAAGAACGACUGACUCCAAACCUCACUCCAGCCUGGACCUUCUCAUACAUGCCGCCCACCUCGCCCUCCUACACUGACUACAUCAACAGUGUCGACAUCCAGACAUGAGACAUUGUGGUAUCCAAUUUUAAGCCUCUUAAAGGAUUUGAGAUAUCGAUGAUGACAUUCUGAAAAUAUGGGAACUUUUCAAGAAUCAUGGUGAUUGGUGAUUGAGAAGGUUUCGGCAGCUUAUAGAAUAUAGAUGGGUGGUCCUGCUGACACAUCACCAUUGUAUAAGACGUCCUCGACCAUCUUGGAGGGUGUCACAUUCAUUCAGCGAUCUCAAAUCGCUAAACAUUAAUGCUGGAACAUUCUGGAACCUAAUUAUUUCAUAACCUGAUGCUUACGAAACCUAAUUCUUACGAUUUGAUUAACAAAAAAGAAAAUAAAUAGUUAGCUUAAACUAGUAGCACUAACAGUUCGUAUAUUUUAUCAUUUCCUGCGUAUUAGAUUGUCUACGACAAUAUCCUGGCUUUAAUAAAGAUUAAAAAACAAUUUUGCAAAUGAUACGAAUAAAUUGAUUAUCUUUAUACCACAGCUUAACACUAGAUUAAAUAAAUUGCAUUUUUUAAGAGGCAAAUAAGCAUUUAAAAACUAUUUUUAGUGUUUUCAAUUUUUGUUUUAGGACCCGGCCGGCACUCGUCUGGUUUUUUU